CCCGAUUAAGCAAUCAAUACUCUUACGAAAAGGCACAUGAUUGAAAUUACUGUUCCUUUCGUGGACUAGUUUGGUGAUCAAUAUGUUACAAAUACAGAUUUAUGUACUAUUUUUCACCUUUGUUUCGCCAUCACAAUUUGUGGCUUCCCAGUAUUACGAUGACCUCACGACUCUCUUGGAUGAUAUGCUUGCUGCGAACGUCUACGAUAAAAGAGUGCGACCGAUUGUAAAACAAAAUGAAAGUUUGAUUGUUACUAUCAGCCUCUCACCAGUAGCGAUCACAGACAUUGACGAAGUUAAAGAGUCGCUAUCCACGGCAGCAUAUUUAGAUGUUGUUUGGAAAGACGAAUUUCUGAGAUGGACUCCGUCUAUGUAUAAUGAUAUUGAUCAUUUCUACAUAUCACAGAAAGACAUCUGGAUACCUGAUAUCGCUCUGAAAAAUGGAUUUACAAAACUGCAGAACUUGGGUGAAGAUUCUCUAUUAACAACGGUGGAAAAUAAUGGAAUUAUUAUUUGGAAACCGUUUGAGGUGUUCCAAACACAAUGUCCCAUCGAUACAAAAUAUUUUCCUUUCGAUCAACAGACAUGCAACAUCACAUUUGGAGUCUGGACAAGUGCUUCUGUUGAAAUUGAACUUAGACCAGAGGAAGGUGAACUAUGGUUGGGUGAAUAUCAGACCAACGGACAAUGGGAUAUGGUAAAGACAUCGGCACAUAAAAUACUAUCUAUUAACUCGCAAUCUGUAGUCACAUUUUCACUCAAGAUUAAGAGAAAACCCCAGUACAUUAUGGUUAAUGUAGUUUUACCGAUUAUCAUGUUGUCGAUUCUCUCUGCCUGUACGUUCCUUAUUCCUGCAGAGAGCGGUGAGAAAAUGGGCUACGCCAUGACUCUUUAUCUGUCAUUUGUUGUCUUUCUGACCAUCGUGAGUUCAUUACUUCCAGAAAAUUCGACAAUGUCGUUACUGUCAACAUACCUUGUGGUACUUCUGGCUAUUGGAACGACCAUCAUAAUAAUAACGGCCAUUCAACUACGCCUUCAUCAUCUGGACAGUUCUCGUGAAAUACCGCGAUUUGUAAGAUGUCUUGUGAGAAUGAGUAGUAGGUUGCAAUGUCGACAUUCGGUACAGAGGAUGAAAAAGUCUAACAGGGUGGAAGAAAUGCAAACUGAGAGAGUAUCGGCGGGGAGUGACAUUGAAAUGCAAGAUCUAGACGAUAAAACAGAAAUCCACUCUGGAUCAUCAAAUUCGAAAUCCGAAAUAGCGAUAGACGAUUCCAGUUGGGCGGAUGUAACGUCCGCGAUUGAUUUUUACUGUUUCUGGUUGUUUUCCAUUGCGAUUGUUAUAUCAACAGUCGUGCUGUUUGUCAGUGGUGUUAGCCAUAGCAGCGAAAUUAAGUAAUAUAGGUAGAAGAAAUUUGUGAUGUCUAUGUUUUUACCUGUGUUUUCUGAAAUUUUGAUGUUUUAUCGAGGUUUUUCUGUAAUUGUAUGUUUUUAUCCAUGUUUUCUGUCGUUGUAUGUUUUUUUUAUUGGUGUAUUCUGUAAUUAUAUAUAUUUAUCGGCGUAUUCUGUAAUUAUAUAUUUUUAGCGGUGUUUUUUUUUAUGUUUAUCGAUGUAUUCUGUCCUUGUAUGUAUUUAUCGGUGCAUUCUGUUAUUAUCUAAAGUUAUCUGUUAAUUCUGUAAUUAUAUAUUUUCAGCGGUGUUUUCGGUGUUUAUCAGUGUAUUCUGUCAUUGUAAGUAUUUAUUGAUGUAUUGUGUAAUAUAAAUAUAUAUAUUCAUCCCUUUUUGUUCGUGUUUUGCGGAAUAAUCAGUAAUUGGUUUUUUAUCGGUGUAAUUUGUAAUUGCAUGUUUUUAUCAGUGUUUUCUGUAAUUGUUUUUUUAUCUGGUCACUGUAAAUGUAUGUUUUUAUCGGUGUUUCUGUAAUUGUAUCAUUGUAUCGGUGGGUUUUUUGUAAUUGUAUUUUUUGGUUUUUUUUUGUAAUUAUGUUUUAUCAGCAGUAUAUAUCAUUGCGUUUGUAUCGGUUUUCAAUCGAAC